AGUUCAAACUUGUGCAGAUCCUAACAAAUUACGAUUCUAUGUGAUUUUAUGAAUCUAACUGAAUUCUACUGUGAUUAGCGGAUUAGCAGCCUCAUUUUAUCAUCUCUGAUCUAUAUAUAAUCUUUAGUUAUGAACAACGGACGAAAAUUAGAAUUUCCUGUUGUAAGAACAAUUCUUUGGGAUCACAAGGCCGCAGGAAAGUCUAUAGAGAUCGGACCUUUUCCGUCAGAAUAUCCUUGUAUUAACAUAAAUGAAUCAACUUUAUCAAUCAUAAAAUCCAUAAGAGAUAAGUCAAAAAUUACCAAGUUUGUUCUUAUUGGCUCUUUGCAAAGGGAACUUGAUCAUAGUUUAACAAUUGAGAUUGAACGGCAUGAAACAGAAAAUGAUAUGAAAAAGAUGACAACUUUACAUGAUAUGAUGUAUAUUCCUUGUUAUGUUCAAUCUACGAAUGGACCACUUCCAUUUUCCAGCGAUGAUUACUCCAAAUCAAUAGAGGCUCUACACAAGCGAUGUAAAACGAAUCAGAAAAUAUCCUUUUGUCAAUUUUUUCAUCCUUUGGUAGCAUUGCAAAUUGGAGACGGUCUGGAGAUUCGAUCAGACAUGGUCUAUCCUGAUGUUUCUUUUACAGCCAUACCCAUACAAAAUGUGCCACUAGUUCCAUCAGCAUUAGCCAAGAAUUUAGCCUCACCUUACUGUAGGAGUUAUGUUUUGGGUGAAGCCCAGUCUGGAUAUUUGUCAAUGGAUCAGACUAGAAAGGUUUUAUUAAUAUUGGAAUCAGAUCCUAAAGUAUCAAGUUUACCAAUUGUAGGAAUAUGGAUUAGCGGCGUAGCUACUAUAUCUGAUCCUUUUGUAUGGGCGUGUUGUUGCAGAUACCUGUUUUCCAACAUAAAGAAUAGGGUACACCCUCUAUCUGAACCCUUUCUUGUCAUCCUUUAUUCAACUGAACAUUCAGAAAGAGAAGUGUACGAUAUAACUCCAACUGGAAGUAAAACGUCACUUGGUUUUGAUAUAUUAACAUUAAGCGAAGAUUUAAGACAAAAUCAAAAAACUUCAUUUGAUUCAAAUGUACAUAUGCUACAAUUUGAAAAGGAAAAAACUAUGUCCAAACGAGCAUUGUUCGGUUCUUGUUUGAAGAAAUAUGAUGAAAAAAUGAAAAAUGAAAUGGAGAAAAAUCUCAGCGUUUCUCUUAAAAGUGCUAUGUUGGAUGAUUUGAUGCCCCAACCUGCUGUUGAAAGAGACUGGAAUAAGCCAAUUCAAAUGAAAUCUGAAGUUCCAGAAGUAACUCUGCUGCAGGAAUGUACGCCUGAACCUAAAAUUCAAAUGAGAAAACUUCGUCAAGAAUACGAUAUAGAAGAUGAAUCUGUACCAAAACCUCCACUAAUGAAACAUAAAACAACUAGAAAAUCUUUAAGUCCAUUAAACACUUCAACUAAUAACAAAAGCAUAUCAAAAAAGCUUGAAAAUGAGGAACCCGAACGGGACAAUCAUCAUAACGAAACUAAACAACAAGUCCCUAGUGAAUGGCUAGAUAUCUUGAAAAAACAGAAUGACGAGAUCAAAUAUUUAAGGUCUCAGGUUGAAAAAUUAGUGAUGGAACAAUCGAGAAGGGAAAAUGUGCAAGAUGCGUCAGUUCAAAGUACUUUGGAUAGGAGUCACAUAGAAAACCGUUCAAUAGGUGUAAAUACCUCAAUUUUAGAAAAUCCAGGUGAAAAGUCAAACGUAUUUAGCACACCAUUAAAUCAAGCUGUAUUUAAAGAAGCCAUUCAAAAUGGACAUUUAACGUCCAGUCCUCACGACCUGUUGAAAAGUAACGCAACAUUUGGAGAUUUAAGAAUAGACAGCGGUAGCUAUGAAACAACUAGGUCGGAAAGAAUUAUUGAUAUGCCCGACUUUAAUAAUCUGUCAUCGGAAAGAUUUAACCAAUCCGUUGCUAGUCCACUUUUAGGUGAAAGCGUUAGUAUGUAUCAACAAGGAGGAUUACAAGCUGUUAUGCCUCAUUUUGAAGAAAAAGAAUCCCAGCCACCGUCGUCGAAACUCUUUGAUGAAGAUUAUAGCAGUUUUUCUGAGUCGGAAGAUGAAAAUAUUGAAAAUUCCCCUCCAAAGAAUAGGACAGCGUCACGUGGCUGUUCACCUAUAAAAUCUUUACAACAAACACCACAGAAACUGUCAUCUAAUAAUACAACAAUCGACAUUGCUGCUAAAACUCGGAAAGAAUUAGAAGCGCUCGGCAUAUGCUUUGAUCCAGAUAAUGUAAAUUUUAGUUUUAAACCAGCUCCGGAUGGAACGCUUUACCUAGAUACAGCUCUCUUACCAAAGGUACAAUACACAUCUCUCCUACUCUCUUCUUCCGAGUGUGAUGAUGCUGAUAGUCUUGCAUUAAAAUAUUUAAACGAUGCCGAAUUGACAACUUUAGCAAGAGGUGAAAACAAGAUUAUAGAACCAACUAUCUUUCAAUCAAAUAAUAUGUCAUUUGCAACAAGAAAAUAUAUGGAAAGAUACGGUUUAGUAAAUGGAAAAGCAAAUAUAGAAUCUCCAACAAAAGAUGGCGGCACCUUAUCCCAAAGAAAUAGCUUGAAACCAAGUACAUGUCCAAAUACACCAUUAAAUAGAGAUAUUCCAAAACUUGAAGAUCAGAGACAUGAUUCUAGAUUAUUAGAUAUAGAAAAAUUAAAAGCACUUCCUCAAUUAUUAUAA